CUUACCGAUGCUGCUGAUAAAACCGGGAUGGCUUUGAACUCAGGGUCACCGCCGGGAGUUGGACCUUACUAUGAAAACCAUGGAUACCAGCCUGAAAGCCUGUAUCUGGCACCGCCCGCCACGGUCCCCGGUGUCUACCCGGCGUAUCCAGCCCCGUACUACCCGCCUGCCGUGCCCCAGUACACCCCCAGGGUGCUGACGCACGCUUCGACACCCGCCGUCCACACGCAGCCCAAGUCCCCAUCGGGGACAGCGUGUACCGCAAAGGCCAAGAAGGCGCUGUGCAUCACCGUCUCCCUGGGGGCCAUCCUGGCGGGAGCCGCCGUGACCGCAGUUCUGCUCUGGAAGUUAAUGGAGAACAAAUGCUCGGUGUCUGGGAUAGAAUGCGGCUCGUCGGGAACCUGCAUAAGCCCCUCUCACUGGUGCGACGGGGUCCUGCACUGCCCUAGCGGGGAGGACGAGAACCGAUGCGUUCGCCUCUACGGCCCGAACUUCAUCCUCCAGGUGUACUCCGCCCAGAGGAAGUCCUGGCACCCCGUGUGUCAGGACGACUGGAGCGAUAGCUACGGGAGGGCCGCCUGCCAGGACAUGGGCUACCGGAAUAGUUUUUAUUCUAGCCAAGGGAUCGUAGAUGACAGCGGAGCCUCCAGCUUUAUGAAGCUGAACACAAGUGCGGGCAAUAUGGACCUGUACAAGAAGCUGUACCACAGUGACAUCUGCGCCUCGAAAACAGUGGUUUCUUUGCGUUGUAUAGAGUGCGGGGUCACGGGGAAGACGACGCGCCAGAGCCGGAUCGUGGGCGGGAGCAGCGCGUCCCCGGGGGACUGGCCCUGGCAGGUCAGCCUGCACGUGCAGGGCACCCACGUCUGCGGGGGCUCCAUCAUCACCCCCGAGUGGAUCGUGACAGCCGCCCACUGUGUGGAGGAACCCUUGAACAACCCCCGCUACUGGACGGUCUUCGCGGGCAUCCUGAGACAGUCUUUCAUGUUCUACGGACACGGAUACCGAGUGGGGAAAGUGAUUUCCCAUCCCAGUUACGACUCCAAGACCAAGAACAAUGACAUCGCUCUAAUGAAGUUGCAGACGCCUCUGACUUUCAACGACAAAGUGAAACCAGUGUGUCUGCCCAACCCGGGCAUGAUGCUGGAGCCGAACCAGUCCUGCUGGAUUUCCGGGUGGGGGGCCACCCACGAGAAAGGGAAGACCUCGGACGAGCUGAACGCGGUCAUGGUGCCCCUCAUCGAGCCCUGGCGAUGCAACAGCAAGUACGUCUACAACAGCCUGGUCACGCCGGCCAUGAUCUGCGCGGGCUACCUGCGGGGAGGCACCGACUCCUGCCAGGGUGACAGCGGAGGUCCCCUGGUCACUUUGAAGAGCCGCAUCUGGUGGCUGAUCGGGGACACGAGCUGGGGAUCGGGCUGCGCCAAAGCUAACAGGCCAGGCGUGUACGGAAACGUGACGGUGUUUACCGACUGGAUUUACCGACAAAUGAGGGCAAACAGCUAAUCCAUGUGCCCUGGUCCUUGGCACUGUGUCCGUGAGAAAGUGAAGGGGCCGGUUCUUCAUUCCCCGGGCAUCGUGUAUUUCUAGAAAUGAUUGGAAGGUCCUUUCAUUGUUAUUAAAUAGUGGAUUUGUCUGU